CUUGCCGCCUUGCUCUUGCCCGCCAGCGCACACAGCAUGUCCGCGCCGCCGCGCCGCGGUGCAGCCGUACGUGCCGCCGCGCGCAUGGCGCGCCUCUCGCCGCCGUCCUCACCUCGCGCACACGACCAACGCGGCAGCAGCGCCGCGAGCUCCAGCAGCAGCAGCAGCAGCGCAGCAGCGCCGGCGCACGAGGGCGCGAGCGACGACGAGCGCCAGGCCGCUGCUCCGCGCAAGCGCAGACGUGUCUCGCCAGCACGCUCCGCCGCUGCGGUCAAACACGCAGCAGCCAGCCCGCUUCCUCGCCGCACUGCAAGUGCGCCGACAAGGCGCAAGCGCUCCGUCGGCGCCGCCGAAUGGGCCUUCCUCGACGCGGCCGAGCCGCAUGUGCAGGCCGUGGCAGUGCCUCCGCUGCGGGUGCACGCGCGAAGCUACCACGCUCCGCUGCUGCUGGCACCACCCUCUACCGAGCGCCCCGACGGCGCCGUGCUGGGCCGCGCAGCCCGCUCGGCGCUGCUGGGCUGGUACGACGGCGUGGCGCAGCAGCGCGCCAUGCCGUGGCGCAAGCCCUUUCUCGAUCCCGCCGCCUACAUCGGGCGCGAGGCCGAGCUCCGCGCAGCGCAGACGCAACGAGCAUACGAGAUUUGGAUCUCCGAGAUCAUGCUGCAGCAGACGCGCGUCGAGACGGUGAUUCCGUACUUCGAGCGCUGGCUGGCUGCCUGGCCGACGGUGCGAGAUCUGGCUGCUGCCUCGACAGACGACGUGCUGGCAGUAUGGAAGGGCCUGGGGUACUACUCUCGCGCCACGCGCCUGCAGAGCGGUGCGCAGAAGCUCGUCGCCGAUCCGGAACUGCGUGGGCUGUUGCCGCGCACGGCGCACGAGCUCGUCGCCGUCGUGCCUGGGGUGGGGCCUUACACGGCAGGCGCGAUUUCUGCUAUUGCAUUCGGUGAAGCUGCGCCUAUGGUCGAUGGCAAUGUGCAGCGCGUGCUAAGUCGCCAGCUGGGCUUGUAUGCCAGCAUGAAGAGCAGCGCGACGACGCAGCUGCUCACCGAAGUCGCAUCGCGCCUCGUACGCGCCGUGGCUGAAGAUGGGGAGCCCAAAGGUAGUGCAAAAGGCUCAACGCCAAAGCCCAGCGAUCGCCCGGGACGCUGGGGACAGGCUCUUAUGGAGCUCGGCGCGACGAUCUGCAAACCGAAGCCCGAGUGUCUCCGCUGUCCGAUCUCCAGCACGUGUCGCGCAUUCGCAGAGGGAGAGGCACUGGCGCGCAAGCCGCUCAGCAGACAAGAGGCAGUGCCGGACAUGGAGGACAUGUGCGACCUCUGCGAGCCGCUGAGCGACGAUGACGAGACCAAUGCGGCUGCGCCUGCGCCUGUCGCGACGGCGGCCAAAAAGGUCGGAGGGGCCGUGCAGACGAAGCUGAGCUUCGGCGCCAAAAGCAAGGCCGCCGUCAAAGUCGCGGAGCCGAGCGCUGGGAUCGAAGUGGCGAUUGAGCGCCACGUCAGGCGCUUCCCGAGGAAGACGGAGAAGAAAGAGGCGCGCCUGGAGCAGUGUGUCGUGUGCAUCCUGAGGCGCGAGGAUGGCCGUGUGAUGCUUGAGCAGCGACCCGAGCACGGUCUACUGGCCAGCCUCUUCGAGUUUCCAGCGACGCCGCUGCGCUCCGACGACCUCUCUUCCUCCGCGCAGCGUGCCUUGGCUCUCUCGCACGCCACUCUCGUCUCGGGCGGACAAGCCUCGUACGUGCGCAGCGCAGGCAGCAUCACGCAUCUCUUCUCGCACAUCCGCCUCGUCAUGCACGUGCAUGAGCUGCGCGUCCCUGAGGCGCCCGCGAAGCCGAACGGGGAGAGGAGAAAGUGGUACGCAGAGGAAGAGGUGGAGAAGCAGAGCAUCUCGACGGGGAACGCGAGGUGCUGGGCGCUCGCGCAGGGAAAGACGAGCAAGAAGGGAAAGGAGAAAUGAGGGACAAGACUACAUACCUUCUGUCCAUCUCCUCCCCCGCCGACCUCUGCCUCACAUCACAUCGAUACCCCUCAAAUUUCAUCUUUCCAUUGCUCCGUCCCCUACUCCAGCACCUGCC